CUCAAACCAACCAACCCCGACACCUCACCAAACCAUCCCCGAACCGGCACCAAACCCCGAGAAUCCCGCACAACGGUCCCCGGCCCGUGACACAGCCCGCAUCCUCACCCCGAGACCCUCCGCCGAGAAGACCCAAUCGCCAUGUCUGGAGCUGCUGACCGCGAGGCCGUCUUCCCGACCCGGCAGUCGCUGGGUCUGAUGAAGGCCAAGCUCAAGGGCGCCGAGACGGGCCACAGCCUGCUGAAGCGCAAGAGCGAGGCGCUCACCAAGCGAUUCCGAGAAAUAACACGCCGCAUCGACGAGGCCAAGCGCAAGAUGGGUCGCGUCAUGCAGAUCGCCGCCUUCUCGCUGGCCGAGGUGACGUACGCGGUCGGCGGCGACGUCGGCUACACGGUGCAGGAGUCGGCCAAGUCGGCCCGCUUCCGCAUCCGCGCCAAGCAGGAGAACGUGUCGGGCGUGCUGCUGCCCGCCUUUGAGAGCUACGUGGCCGAGGGCACAAACGACUUUGCCAUGACGGGCCUGGGCAAGGGCGGCCAGCAGGUGCAGCGGUGCCGCGAGACGUACGCCCGCGCCGUCGAGGCGCUGGUUGAGCUCGCGAGCCUGCAGACGGCCUUUGUGAUACUCGACGAGGUUAUCAAGGUGGUCAACCGCAGAGUUAACGCCAUCGAGCACGUCAUCAUCCCUCGGACGGAGAACACCAUCAAAUACAUCAACUCGGAGCUCGACGAGCUCGACCGUGAAGAGUUCUACAGGCUCAAGAAGGUGGCGGCCAAAAAGGUCAAGGACAACGAGGAGGCGGACAAGGAAAUGGCCGAGAGGAAUGCCGCCCUGGCCGCAAACGCAAAGGGCGACGGGCCAAGCAAGGAUUCGGGCGACAUACUGGGCGAACAAGAGGAGGACGUCAUUUUCUGAGUGUCGACUGUAUAGGUAGGAAUGUUUGGCAAGAAUCAGGGCUCGAAGACGAAUAAUUUGUACUUGGCUUCAGCAUUUUGUCACCAAUUUCCCUAGUUCUGUGUUGCCUGGAAAUCAUAGCGCGCUAGUCGGAGGCAAGACGGUAUACCACCUGCCCCGCUGACCAACCAAUGGAGUGUCUAUGCCGCCUCUCACUGCCGCUGGUACGUGACCUUGACGGGC